AUGAAGAAGCCAACCUUGUCCUCUGCUGUUUUAGCCUUGUUUGCUUUGGUGACAUCGACCGUCGGAUUUAAUCCAGUAUCAUUUCGUUUCAUUGAUCCCAUACUCUCUCCAACUGCGACCAAGCAGUUCACUAUCACCGCAGGGAUUGAAACAUCCAAUCAAACCAUCAACUUCGUUCUAGAAAUCAACGAUGAUCUCAUUUCACCAGACGUGCAAAUCCGAUAUCCCGAUGUCCACCGAUACGCCGAUGAUACAAGCAUUGUCCCAAAUAUUCAAACUUGGUUCACAAGAGGGUCAGUUUGGAUGCAAGAAACUCUUAAAGGAAGUCCGGAAAAUGUCGGAUGGGCAAGGCUUGCCGUGAUCCAGGACGGAGAGAGCCUGCUCUUCGAUGGAACAUUCACUGUGAUGGGCUCGCAAUAUGCCAUCGUGCUCGAGGACCACGAUGAUGGGUCUACUGGAAUCAUAGCCCAUGAACAUGAAUCCACAUUCUCGACAGGGACAUCGUCACUCUCCUCGCGUUGCGCAGCUACCCCCGAAACGCACUUGGAUAAGCGACAGAUUUGGAAUCCUUGGCGGAACGAUAAUCUCACAUCAACGAUCGGCAGUACGUCUGGUUGUCCAAGCACCAGAGAGAUUGCGUACAUUGGCAUAAUGACGGAUUGCACCUAUACUGCGGGCUUCAACUCCUCCGACUCUGCCCAUCGAUACAUCCUGAAUAUGGUCAACACUGCAUCUGUGGUGUUUGAGAAUAGUUUCAAUAUCUCUCUUGCGGUACAGAAUCUAACAAUUAGUGACGCUGAAUGCCCGAGCAGCACCUCAGACGCGACUGCGUGGAACGUUCCAUGCUCGCAGGGAGAUCUCAACACCCGCCUUCAGACCUUUUCAACGUGGCGAAGCUCAUUAAAUGACGCAAAUGCAUACUGGACCCUGUUGACUGGGUGUUCAGUUUCUGCUGGGGAGAUUGGUGUGUCAUGGAUUGGGGCACUAUGCAACACGGGCUCUGGUUCUAGCAAUGGUGGAGCCAGUGCCAAUGUUGUCGCACGAACACAGGAUGAGUGGCAGGUCUUUGCGUAA